AUGAAAAUCCAGAUGGUGCACGAUUUCUGGGACCUCCCUUAAUAGGCCUACUAGUGCAUGACACAACUGUGAUUGCCACAACUUCUGUAGAUUUAUUUUCACUUAAGAAUGAUACUUUCAAGAAAUAUGAAGUGAGUGAGUGCUUGGGGUUUAAUAUGAUGCUCCAUAGUAUUUCAGGAAUCCAUAGUAUUUCAUGAAAAUGGAAAAUGAGAAUUGGUAAAAACAUGGUAUUAACAAUGAGAUCAGAGGUUCAUCCAUUACCACUUGAUUCAGCAGUUUGGGGAUGGCUGUGGGAUUUGUAGGUGUACACAUAUGGGAAAAAGGUUCUGAGAAGGGCAUGAAUCAUUAAUACACCGAUCCAUUUUCGCCGCGUAGGCCACGCCUCCCUUGCCGACGCCAUAGCAACGCCCAAGGUCGGACAUAAAAUGUAAACAUGGCGGCCGGUUCAAAUUUCAACUUGCUGCCUCAGGAAAUUUCUACCGAUUAUUUUGGCGAUGCCAACGUUUUAACCAAGCGUGCAAAAGAGAGGGGGUAUAAUUUUUUCGUUAAUGGUUACGUUCAUGCGCUCAAAGUGAACAGUUCCAGUAAAAAUAUUGUCGAUAUCAGUGCUAAAUGCUAUCGUUCUAUGAGGAAAAGCGAGCAACCUCAUCGAAUUGACAUGACGAUUCAUACCCAGGAGAGAAGAAUCACGGACAGUCAUUGUUCAUGUAAAGCUGGAAUAACUGGGUUAUGUUCUCAUGCUGUUAGCGUCGUCUACACAGUUGGCCACUAUAAACGUUUGGGACUGAAAGAUAUCCCUUCACAGCUGGCUUGUACCAGUUUGCCUCAACAGUGGCACAAACCGCGGGGCCCAAAGAUCAAUGCCGAGCCCGUAGCUGCAAUAGUUUUCGCUAAACCAAGGCCAACACCUCGCCGAAAAAGGCCAGUGUGUUGUUCUACACCAACACUUAGGAUCCCAGAAUUGAAGGAAGAUGACAUAAAGAAGUUGAAAGUAGACAAGUCCACACCAUUAUCAUAUUUACUGCAAGAUGAACUGCACACAGAAAAAACAGAGUAUGGAAUUGUGCAGAAGGGUUCAAUGUUACCUUUACAGCUGCCUGAUUCUUGCAACCAUGGAGAACACAUCCAACUCAGGAUAGACUGAAAUAGUAAAUAGUGAACAGGAUUGAUUAACUGACUGGGAAGUAAUGCCAUUAAAUAGCUACUGGAAAAUUUCUCACAACAACGAAACUCAGUUUGGAAUGAGAUGGAUAUUCCCCGUUUCCAGAGUAUGGAGUUAUCUUUCCUUUAGACCCGGUAUCUGCCUUCUGUCGUGUCCCACAGUGACCACAUACUAAGCAUACCAUCUUUCAACUGUCUGGCUUUACAACAUGAAAUAGGGAGUAUUCACCCACUACAAGGGAAGUAAAGUAACUUGCUACUAAUGGCAAGUGGUGUUGUGUAUCUAGAUUAAGUAAACUGUGCCAAAGUUCCUAUAAGCCUCAAUAAAUUUUAGCUGGACACUUAACUGUGUGAAUAUUCAGAGUUAAUGACACACUAAUGAAAUACUCUUGGUUAUUGUUUACAUAAUGAUAAAUAUUGUUCAUAUCAACCUACUGUGAUUGCUUAUAAUAAAAUAUUAA